AUGAUCGCAGGCAGAAUCUCGGCCCGAAGGGCCGCCCUCCAGUCAACGCUCACGCUGCGGAAGACCGCGGUGCUGGCCUCGACGAGACCGCUGUCCGCCACAGCCGAUGACAUCUUUGCCGCCAAGGACACGUUUGCGCGCCGGCACAUCGGUCCAAGCGAUGCGGACGUGGAGGUGAUGAUGAAGACCGUGGGCGUGAAGUCGCUGGACGACCUCGUCGAUCGCACGGUGCCGCACUCCAUCCGUCUCGAUGAGCCGCUGGACCUCGAAGACGCUCUAUCGGAAAGCGAAGCGCUUACUGCCAUCCGGAAGAUCGCCGACAAGAACCAGGUGAUGAAAAACUUCAUCGGAAUGGGGUACAGCGAAACCACGGUGCCGCCCGUCAUCCUGCGGAACAUGCUGGAGAACCCCGGGUGGUACACGGCCUACACCCCCUACCAGGCGGAGAUCUCGCAGGGCCGCCUGCAGUCCCUUCUCAACUUCCAGACCAUGGUGGCUGACUUGACGGGCAUGGACAUGUCAAACGCUUCUUUGCUGGAUGAGGCCACCGCCGCCGCGGAAGCCAUGUUUAUGUGCAACGGCCUUAAGAACGGCAAGAGAAAGAAGUUCUUCGUUGCCGAGGACUGCCACCCGCAGAACAUCACUCUCGUCGAGACCAGGGGGGGCGCCCUGAACCUUGACAUCGUGGUGGGUGACCCGAAGACGGUGGACUUCUCCGGAGAGGACUACAGCGGAGCCCUGAUCCAGUACCCCAACACGUACGGUGACGUCAUCAACCCCGAGGAGUUCGUCAAGAAGGCCCACGACGCCGGCACCCUGGUCGUGGCAGCAACCGACCUCAUGUCAUUGUCGAUGCUCAAGCCCCCGGGAGACUUCGGGGUGGACAUCGCCGUCGGCUCCGCUCAGCGCUUCGGCGUUCCCCUGGGGUACGGUGGCCCGCACGCUGCCUUCAUGGCCUCCAAGCACUCGUACUCCCGCCGCAUGUCUGGCCGCAUCAUCGGGGUCACCAUCGACAGCCGCGGGGCCCCCUGCCUCCGGAUGGCCAUGCAGACGCGCGAGCAGCACAUCCGGCGAGACAAGGCUACGUCCAACAUCUGCACGGCGCAGGCCCUCCUCGCCAACAUGGCCGCCUCCUACGGUGUCUACCACGGCCCCGAGGGCAUCAAGGGCAUCGCCGAGCGCAUCAACGGGAUGGCGGCGGUGACGGCGGCGGCUCUCAAGGAGGCCGGCUUCGGCGUGUCUUCGGAACAGUUCUUCGACACCUUCUCCGUGGACGUCUCCGCCAAGGGCACGAGCUCCACGGCCAUCGCUCAGGCAUGCGAGGCCAAGGGUGCCAACGUUCGGGUCAUCGACGACAAGACUAUCGGCCUGAGCUUCGGCGAGUCCAUCACAAAGGACGACGUUGUUGCUCUGCUGGAAGGCUUCGGGGUGUCCGGGUCUUCCCUGGAUUCCGCGGCUGCCAGCGCCAAGAUUGGCUUCUCGGACGACCUCGUCAGGACGUCGGAGUACAUGACUCACCCCGUCUUCAACAUGUACCACAGCGAGACCCAGAUGCUGCGAUACCUGAAGAGCUUGGAGAACAAGGACCUCUCCCUCAACACCUCCAUGAUCAGCCUGGGGUCGUGCACCAUGAAGCUCAACGCCACGUCGGAGAUGAUGCCCGUCACCUGGCCCGAGUUCGCGAACAUGCACCCCUUCGCACCGGCACACCAAUGCCUGGGCUACAAGGAGAUGAUCGACUCUCUCCACGAUGACCUCGCCAAGAUCACCGGCUUCGCGGCGUGCUCGGCCCAGCCCAACUCCGGCGCCCAGGGCGAGUACGCGGGGCUGCUCGCCAUCCGGAGCUACCACCUGAGCAGGGGCGACACAGACAGGAACGUGUGCAUCAUUCCGGUGUCGGCGCACGGCACUAACCCGGCCUCCGCGGUCCUGGCCGGCAUGAAGGUGGUCGUGGUGAAGAGCGACGACAAGGGCGACAUCGACAUCGAAGACUUGAGAACCAAGGCCAUUAAGAACAAGGACAAGCUGGCGGCCCUGAUGGUCACGUACCCGUCGACGUACGGCGUAUUCGAGGAGGGCAUCAAGGAGAUCUGCAAGAUCACCCACGACAACGGAGGCUUGGUGUACAUGGAUGGAGCCAACAUGAACGCCCAGGUUGCCCUCACGAGCCCUGGGCACAUCGGUGCAGACGUCUGCCACCUCAACCUGCACAAGACCUUCUGCAUCCCGCACGGCGGAGGGGGGCCCGGGGUUGGGACUAUUGGGGUAGUCCCUCGCCUCGCGCCUUUCUUGCCGGGACACCCGGUCAUCCCAUCCGGUGGGGAGGGUGCAGGUGUCGUCCCCAAGACCACGGGGGCAAUCGCGGCGGCCCCCUUCGGAAGCGCCGCCAUCCUGCCCAUCUCGUGGAUGUACAUCAAGAUGCUCGGCGAGCCCGGACUCAAGAAGUCCACGCAGCUGGCCAUCUUGAACGCGAACUACAUGGCCGCGAAGCUGGCAGGGCACUACAACGUCGUCUACCGAGGGCGCGACGGCCUCAGCGCUCACGAGUUCAUCCUCGACCUUCGGCCUUUCAAGCACACCGGCAUCGUAGAGGAGGACGUCGCCAAGCGCUUGCAGGACUACGGGUUCCACAGCCCCACCAUGUCGUGGCCGGUCCCGGGGACGCUCAUGAUCGAGCCCACCGAAUCGGAGGACAAGGGAGAGUUGGACAGGUUCUGCUGGGCAAUGAUCAAGAUUAGGGAGGAGAUCGACGACAUUUCGGAGGGGCGGGUUGCCGUGGAGCAGAGCCCGCUCAAGGCGGCGCCACACACGUGGGAGGCGUGUUUCGAGGACGAGUGGGACAAGCCCUACACUCGCACGCAGGCGGCCUUCCCGGCCCCGUGGGUGAAGGCCAACAAGUUCUGGCCUACGGUCGGACGGGUAGACAACGUGCACGGAGACCGCAACCUGGUCUGCUCUUGCCCGCCCAUGGACGUCUACACCGACGAGCACAUCGCCGCAUGAUGAUGAUGAAAAGGAAAAAAAAGUGUUUUUUUCGAGAGAGUCGAAUGGCAGCAGCCAGCAGUGUUCGACACACGGUGUCUAGCUCAAGUGUCCACGAGGGGUCGAGCUAUGGGGCGCAGGCUACAUCGCCCAACCGUUGAGCCCCUCGCACUAGAAUGCCCGUGCAUAUCGCGGUCUAUCAAAACCUGUGUAAGAAAUGAGUCGUUCACGGGUUUCUAUUUUUUUUUUUUUUUCAGGUACAGUGGAGGGCACCAGCGGUAUAUCCGACCGCGUCAAACGUGAUGAGGAGGGGGGGGGAGACCUUUGUAGCGUGUUUACAUCGGAAGUGGGUUAUGAAGAAUUAAUUUGUGAAGUGGCGUUUUUAUUGUCGUGGGGCGAGUGGUGCAGCGUAGGAUACCUUCACGAUAACACCAAAUUUGAGUGCCGGUUGUUGAUGUUGUGUGAGGGGUACCAGGAACCACCUGCAGGAUUGGGGGCGAGGGUCACGCAGGCUUGAUCGCGAGAGUGUGGUAAGAAAAAGAAACACGGUGGUUCCACGCGUCGUAGUGGCACGGAGGUCACCUCGGAAGGGUUGACCAAUCACUCAAGUGCAGCAAUGAAGUGUGGGGGGGUCUUAACGUGGUAUGUAUAUUGUCAUGGGUGGGGGGCAGGAAGGGACGGACGAGACAGGAGAGGGAGGCUGCGUGGCGACAGUAAAAGUGGUCUGUCGUUGGCGUGCUGUGUUUUUUCUCAAUCGCAAGUGUAUACACAUCAGCCCGACCGUAGCAUGU